AUGCUUCCAACGUACCGAGAUCAAGGUGAUCUUUGGGCACGAUUAACGGAUUUUGCCAAGGAUCAUAACGUCACGGUCAUUGGUCCAGCUUUUGCCGUCAACUAUACUAAAGAUUGCAAACAAGUUGACGUAGAGAUCGAAGUUUGUCUACCGAUAGCUGAAGACACCCAUGUUCCAAACAUAACGCCUUUCAGCGUACAUGAGAUUCCUGGUGUGGAUCGAGCUGCCGUCAUGGUUUAUGUCGGCCCGUGUAAGGGCUACAUCUCAGCUUACAAGCACUUUUUUGACUGGAUCGGUUCGGAGAAACUUAUUCCUGCCGGGCCAUCGCGUGAAGUUUAUGUAAAAAGAUCUUGUGAUGAUGGCGAGGACGACAAAGACAAUGUGACUGAAAUUCAGCUUCCCAUAGUUUAA